CAACUUGGCUUCAAUCCUUCAACUUUGCAUUUUGCCUUUCGGCCUACUUACAACGUUAAUGGCUCAUCUAACCAAACCGCCGAAAUAUGAUGUCAAAGAUUCUAACAUCGCGCUCUUAGGCUCGGACUUGGAGGAACGCGUCCGAGAGCAUGCUGGUGAUACAGAACCCGCAUGGAAGAGUGCGGGAGCCAAGCCCGGCGUCGAAGUAUGGAGGAUUGAACAAUUCCAGAUCAUCCCCAGAGAAGUCAACGGUGAAUUCUAUGAUGGAGAUUCAUACAUCGUGUUGCACACUUACAAAAAGAACCUCGAUUCCGAAACUUUGUCGUAUGAUCUUCACUUUUGGCUUGGGGAGGAAACAUCUCAGGAUGAGGCUGGCACAGCGGCGUACAAGACCGUCGAACUGGAUGACCAUCUAUAUGGUGUACCCGUUCAAUAUCGAGAAGUCCAAGGGUACGAGUCAUCCCGUUUUCUCUCAUACUUUCGCCAUUUCGUUUGUCUACACGGGGGAAUAGAAAGUGGCUUCCGACAUAUCGUUGAUCCGCCUUCCCUCGACGUGCGAAUUUUAUACCACAUAUCUUUCACUACCAAGAACAAUCUGGUUAUUCGCCAAGUCCCCGCGCGAUCAUCUAGUUUGAUUCAAGGCGACGUGUAUGUUCUGGACAUGGGGACGAAGGUGUGGCAGUUCAAUACCAAGGACAGCGCCGGGAAAGAAAAGUUCAGAGCAGCUGAAUUUGUAAGGAAUAUAGUUGACAAGAGAGAUGGACAGCCCGAGCUUACGGUAUACGAUGAGGGCGGCUCGGGUGCUGGUAUAUUCCUGAACGAAUUCGGAGAAGGAACAACACUUCGGCAACCUGGUCCUAGCAGCGGUGGCCCUCGAGCAUUAUUCAGGUUAUCAGACGCGUCCGGUUCCGUCACAUUCGAAGGCGUUGAACCACCUACAUCUGCGUCACUAUCUUCGUCAGACGCUUUUCUGCUAGAUGAUUCUUACGGUUUUCAUCAUCCAGCGGUCUAUGUUUGGAUUGGCAAGUCUGCGUCGCUAACUGAACGCAAGCUAGCUCCUCAGUACGCGCAGAGAUAUCUUCACCAAAGACGUUCAUCUGCAGCUCAUGUGUCCAUUGUUAAGAUGGGGGAGGAAGAGGAAAGCGACAUGUUUCUUCAAGCUGUAAGGGCUUGAACUUACGUCCCUUACUUUUCGACCGAUUACCAAAUACAAUGCUUGCUCAAUGCUGACUCUCAAACUCUGUGCCCAGAAAAGUUCAUCUUCCUGACGUACUUACUAAAAUACAUGAAUUUUCGACAAAAC